AGGAACUUUUUAAGCUCCUCUUGGUUGUUGGAUUCUCAUUCAGUGUCUGUCAAGAUGGGAGCUGAUUCAUUUGUGGCUCUUUUAGUGCUGGUGCUUUGCCUUAGCAAAGCUUUGAGCUUACCAGUAGCAAGGGAAAACCAGAGCGCUGUUCCAGAACGUCUGGGAAGAAAAGAUGGCUUUGUCCUUCAGAGAGGCCUUGAUCUUUUACAGUCGCUGGAUUCCAGGUUGAAGAAACAAAUUAAAGAAGAACUGGAAUUCAACGAGGUGGAAGCAGAGGCAUCACUUGGAAAAAGGCAAUUUGUAGAUCAGACUGAAGGCAACCUGCAGUUGGCUGCACUGUUCGACCCCGGCAACCAGACUGUGUCCGACGCCGCCAGCAACCAGACUGUGUCCGACGCCGCCAGCAACCAGACUGUGUCCGACGCCAUGAUAGAAACAAUUUUCAAGGAGCCAGAGGCUCAGAUAUGGAAACGGUGGACCCACAACUGCUAA